UGUUGGGACUGCCGUGACUAAAGGCGGCCUUUGGAGGGAGCUUCCCCUCCGGCUUCAGCGAAGCCCGAGACCGAAUGGAGGCCCGGGAGUCUCCGAGGCUGGGAGCAGCGGCAGUUCUUCUGGCGGGGAACGGCGGCUGGGAGGCCGGCGGAGGAAGCGGCAGCCUGAGCGGCCUCCCCGAGUGGCCGCGGGCGCUCUGCAGCCGGCUGUGCCGGGGGUGGCUGCGGCCCGAGCGGAGCACCAAAGCCGAGAUGCUGGACCUGGUGGUGCUGGAGCAGCUGCUGGCCCUGCUGCCCCCGGAGUUGGCGGGCUGGCUGAGGGAGUGCGGGGCGGAGAGCUGCUCCCAGGCGGUGGCCCUGAGCCCGCAAAGGGGCGGCAGCAGCUGAUGGUGAUGGACAGGAGAAUGAGAAUGACAAGCAGCCAAGGUUACUGACAUUGCAGAGCAAAUCAAGAAGAGGAAGAAGAGGAGGAGGAGGAGGAGAUGUUUGGCUAUCAAGGGGACCCACAAAUGCAAGAGAGAAGCCACAGAAAAGAUAAAGAGAAGUUCUUCACUUGCCUUCUUGUUAAAAUCCAUGGCUUCUUUACCCAGCAAGAUCAGAAUGGGAAGAGAAAGAGAAAAUACGGCAAAAGAGAGAAAAAUGAAUUUGAAUUACGUGAAUAUAACAGAAGACAAACUUAAGGAAGACAGCAUAGCUCCAGACAGCAUAGAAAAUACAUAAAUCAUUCCUUCUCUUUUACUUUACCUAAAAUAUUUCAUAGGACACACAAGCCACGUGUUUGUAAAAUUUGGAAUGGAUUGUAGUCUAAGCCAAAAGAUAAAACUGUGUAUGAAGUGUGGAAAAAGCUUCAGUAGCAAAAGAUGCAUAUCUGACUUGCCAUCUGAAGAUGAAUUCUUUCUCUGCAUGAUUUUUUAAAAUAUUAGAAUUUUUUUAAAAUAUUGUUAAUUAUAUGCUCUUUCAUUGUAUGGUGCCCAGAGUCAUGUUUUGGGAGAUAAAACCCCUAUAAAUAUGAGGAACAAAUAAAUUAUAAAUUCACAAAGGGGAGAAACUUUAUAAAUGCAUGCAGUGUGGAAGGGGCUUUCUUUUCAAGAAUUGCUAGAUUAAAGCAUCAGGAGGCCUUGUUGCUGAUGGUUCCAUGAAGGAA